UAUUUCCCGUCGGACAGUAAUGUGGUGCUGGAAUCACUUCCGGUGAGGUCUCACAACAACAUCCGUCGGAGUUUAAUGUGCAGUUAUGCUCCCAAAAUAAAGUUAGCACGGCGAAAGCCCGCGUCUGGAGUUAGUCUGAGUCACAUGGGAACCAAACAGUCUGUGAACAGUUUCAGAAGUCCAGAAAAAACUUUAGUUCCGCUUAUUUAGGACGCGCCAUGAAGAGGGUUUACAGCCGCCUGCCGGUGUGGAUCGUGGAGGACCACCACGACGUGGUGUCACACAUCUACCGGGCCAUGGGGUCCAGACACCUCCCGCUCCGGGACCUAAAGAUGGUUCACCUGGACUCGCACCCGGACCUGCUCAUCCCCGUCAACAUGCCCGCAGACACGGUCUUUGACAAGGAGGAGCUGUUCAGUAACCUGAGCAUAGAGAACUGGAUCAUGCCCAUGGUGUACGCGGGUCACGUGGGGUGCGUGGCCUGGGUUCACCCCUACUGGGCCCAGCAGAUCCGGGAGGGGGAGCACAGCAUGGCUGUGGGCCGGGACUCCUCCACCACCACCAUCAGGGUGACCAGUACGGACGACUACUUCCUGAGCGACGGCCUCUACGUGUGUGAGGACCAGCUGGAGAACGCAAAGCCUCUCAGACUGUUCGUGGUCAGAGUGAACCCGGUCCAACCAGGAGAGGGAGCCCUCACAGGACAAAACAGUGGGAAGGACACAGAUCCAACUUUAGCAAAGAGAACCCGGUUAGAGAGGAGUAAGGAUGGACACCCCAGCCCCCCACAGUCUCCAGAAACCAGAGAAAGACCUCAGACAACCACAGAGAGCCUCAAUCCGACCAGAGAGAGCCUCAAUCCGACCAGAGAGAGGCUCCAGCCAACCACAGAAGAAGAAAAGAGCAGAGAGAGGCAGGACUCAGACGGAGGUGAGGGGGAAGGAUCCCCCGGUUACGUAGUUGAGAAAAUAUCUGCCUUUCUCCAGGACUCAGACCCAUACAUACUGGACAUCGAUCUGGAUUUCUUCUCCUGUAAAAACCCCUUCAAGGAGUUAUACACAGAGGAGGAGUUCUCCAUCCUGAAGGAGCUGUACAGCUUCAGAAGGCCCCGGCGGGACGCCGACCAGGAGGAGCUGGUGGAGUGUGUGGACGCCCGCGUGCGUCAGCUGGAGGACCUGGAGGUGGCGUUUGCUGACCUGCUGGAGGACGACGGGGACGAGACCCUAACCCGACUUGCCCGUUGCUCCGGCAUGGCCUCAUUAGCCCGUCUGGUCUCCAGCCUGAAGUCCAGGAACCCUAACCCUGAUUAUGAGAUGGUGCACCAGGCGGGUCUGACCUGUGACUCCAUGGAGCUUCCUCACCACGUCAGCUCAGACCUGGAGAUCGACCGGAUGCUGUUAGCUGUAAAGCUGUUCCUGGAGGCCCUGCCCAAACCCACUCUGGUGACCAUGUCCAGGUCCAGUCUGGACGAGUACUGCCCGGCGGAGCAGGUGGACUCCGUCCAGAGACGAGUCCUGGAGGUCCUGCAGAACCUGUACGGAGAUCUGGACGUCCAGGAGGACUACAGGAGUAACCAUAGCAACCAGACUGACCAGGAACAGAGCACCAGUCAGCAGUAGAGAACAGGAAGGAGGCGUUUAAUAACCUGGAUGUUUAAUAACCUGGAUAUGUUUAAUAACCUGGAUAUAUGAGGAAACACUGAGAGCUGCUACACAUCCACUAACAUGGAUUUAAAUGAACCAUAACCUGAUCUGAAACGUACAAAACAACUAUUGAAUAAUAAAGACAACCCACUGGUGUUUGCUUUGAUUGGGAUUUAUUUUUAUUAAAACUGGACUGUUUCUGUUAGUGGUUUAUAGGUUAUAGCACACAUCUGUAGCUCAGGAGGACUACAGACCGCCCUCUUUAUGGGCUGUUGGUGUUUGGCUGCUGACUUCCUCUGUCAACAUGUCCUUGUGUAAGGUGUAUUUAUGGGGAAGCAGCCUGAUGGUGUAAUGG